AAACAGAACAGCUUUGUUUCAAUUAUAAAGAAAACCUUAUUGUGUGCUGCUUUUUGCUACAGAAAGCAUAAUUACACUAAUUAUGUUUCAUUCCACUCCACACAGGAGGUUGCCACACCACUCACAGACUUGUUGCAAGAUCAGUUUCAGUUUAUCCCUGCUGUUCAAAAGCAGCUUCUUUAAGGUUAUCUUUUGUUACAUUUUUAACUAGAAUCACCAGGAGGGGCUAAAAGAUAACUGCCAUUAGUUAGGCUGGUGUCCAGCAGACAGGCACAGAGGUAAUUACACUAAUUAGAGUCAGCAAGUUGAAAACUACAAUUUGCUGUGCAGCUUUCACCAGCAGAUCUCCACAUUACAGUGGAUGGCUACUUGGUGCCUUCAGUGGCCACCUACCAGCUGAUCUGCUAAAGGCUGCUUAGGGUCAUAUAAAAUUAAGAAGCUGGUUAAGUAGCAUACUGGCAAAUGUCUUGUUAUUUGUUAUAUCCAAUGAAAUAAUCUGAAGGAUUAUAGGUACAACUCUCAGGAAUUCAAAAUUUAAAGUUCUUCACUCAUUUUCCAAGUAAUGUCAUCCACAACAAAAAAAGCUUUCUGGUCUGCUCUGUACCUUUAACCAGUUUGCUAAAUGCAGUAGUAAACACCCUUCUAAACAGGAAGUUCUACAUCUUGUGAUUAAGACAGUUCUGCAAAUCCAAACAUUUCCUAAGUUCCUCUUCCUUCAAGAAGAUUCAUUUCCACAGAGAUACAAGAAAUGGCAUCUUUCAACAAAUUAAAAAACGUGCUAAUGCUGGCGUUUGACUGGAUCCUGUAUGGUGCUGGUGUUGCAGGUCAGUGCCGAGUCACUGUAGCACAGCCCAGGUUUCAGCAGGCUGACUCCUCCAUGAAUGUGUCCCUAACCUGCUCCUUCUCUGCCUCUGGAUGCUCCUCAUCCCCACCUGAAGUUCUGUGGUUUCGCUUUUUAACUAAUACACAUCAGGAUUUGUGUACUCCUGGCUGCAGAGAUCAUCAGAAGUAUAAAGUACAUUCAUCAGGAAAUAACAUCUUACUUCAGAUAAAAGAUCUGAUUGAAGAUGACAGUGCUGUUUAUAUCUGUGGAAUAGCAUUUUCAGACUCAGAGUCACCCCGUUCUAAACAAACAGGAGAUGGAACAGUACUAAUGGUAACAGGAUCAGGGAAGCAGCUCAGCCAUGGAAAACUCAUCUCCAUGAUCAUUGCCUCGUCCUUACUGUUCCUGUACAGCUCUGCUGUGCUCAUUUCCUUUGCGGUCUACAAGUUAAAACCAAAGCUUCAAAAGAAAAGUGGGAAAGACCAAACAACAGAGAACUGUAAAAUAAAUAGCGGACGAAAAAUUUUUCAAGCAAUUGCUCAAGAACUUCAAAAGCAGAGAUAUGCUCAACACUGCCAGCAGCCUGAUGAUCUGGAAGAUGACACUGUUUAUCAGAACAGAUGAGCACAUGCAGCACUUCAGAUUUGUUCAACAGUUCUCCUGCAUGCAAAGGAGCAGGUGAGGAAGUUAAGCUUCUUCACAGACUUCCUCUGCUUUAAAGGAAGAGGAAAAAACCUUGCAGGGCAGCGUUCUUCAGGAGUAUUUUCUAAACAGAUCACCAGAACCAAGUGCAUUGUACCUUACACCUGUGUUACAUAUUCUAUUUUCCAUUUCCAAGAACCCUGGGAAAAGACUUCAUCUUUGUAAGAUACCUGCUGAUGCUUCAUAAAAGUUUCCCUUUUCAGUUUA